AUGAUUUCACAACUUUAUAUUUUGUCUGUCAAGAGAGGAGAAACUCUUUUAUUUCGUGAUUAUAGAGAUGAUACACCACGUGAUACACCAAGCAAGUUCAAUGAAUGGAUAAAAGAGUGGCAUAUUGAAAAUAACAAUCCAAUUGAUCGUAAUAAUAAUAGUUCACCACCUUCAGUAUUUCAUCUUGAUGGUGUACAAUAUCUGUAUAUUGAUAUCAAUGAGGCGGAUCUUUAUUUGGUGUGCACAACUAGAUUUAAUGUAUCCCCGUUUACAAUAUGCGAGUUGCUUGGUCAAAUUGCAGUUUUGAUUAGAGAUUUUUGUGGUUCUUUGAAUGAAGAAAGCUUGAUUAUUAAUUCUGAUUUAAUUUAUGAAUUGAUUGAUGAAGUUAUUGAUUAUGGAUAUCCGCAGACUACUUCAACUGAUCAAUUGAUGACCUACGUAUAUGAAGAACCAGUCUUCAAACAAGAGAAUAUUUUACAAUCAAUAUCUAAUAAGUUCCAACCAAAAAUACUCGGGGCAUCUUCAGUAAACCAACAAACGAAGUCAUCAAUAGGAACAACGGCGAUGAUGAUUAAUAACAAUAAUAAUAUCAAUAGAUCCAUAACUUCUCUUCGCGAUACCAAGAAUAAAAGUACCAGGACAUCGAUAAAUGAAGUUUAUAUUGAAGUUAUUGAACGUGUGGUUGCUGCUUUUGCAAUAAAUGGAAUGACAGUUCGCGCUGAAAUUGAUGGAUCAAUACAAAUUAAAAAUUACUUGACUGGUAACAAUCCCGAGUUAAGAAUUGGAUUGAACUCGAAUAUUUUGUCUGGUAGUCGAGAUUCAGAUAAUUUAGAAAAACCUCCUAUCGUGCUUGACGAUUACCUGUUCCACGAAUCGGUUGUAUCUUCAGAUUUCGAAAAAAAUAAAAGUUUGGUGGUAUUUCCACCUCAUGGAGAAUUCACUGCCAUGAUAUAUCGAAUAUCCAGUGACAUAAACCUUCCAUUCCGUGUAUUUCCACUACUCGAAAGUCCAUCAUUAUCAGACAAAUCAAAAACUAAUACCAACAAAAUGGACGUUCUAAUUCGUAUGAGGUCGGAUUUUCCGAAAGAUCGUAUUGCGAAAGAGUGUUUUGUUUGGGUGCCAUUGCCGAGGUCGAGUCUUAGCGUUUCAUCCGAAUUUCUCGAGAAAAGCUCGCACGAUUUCAACUCGAACUCGGAUCAAUCUUUUACUUUCGAUGAGAAAACGAAAAAAGGAAAGUGGAUUAUAAAUAAUUUUGAAGGCGGAACGGAGAGAACUAUAAGAAUCAAGGUCAUUGGAAAUGAACCAUUCUCAGUAGCAUCGCAAUUGGAAGUUGGACCAAUUAG